AUGUGUAGUUUAAGGCAGAAAGGAAGUGGAUGGGGACACUUUGAUGUAUAUCCAAACAUAAGGCUUGCCAUAAAUGAAUUGAAGAUCCAACAAAGGUACUGGAAAGUGCUUCCUAGUGGCCUGAAUACAUUUGAAACAAGAAACUUAGGAGAGUCUUAUGGAGUUGAUUUGGAAAAGAAAACAUGUACUUGUAGGAUUUGGCAAAUGAAUGGGUAUGGGUGUGUACACUCAGUGGCAACCAUUAGUUAUGUAAAUAGAAAUGUAGAGGCAUUUGUUGAUCCUUUAUAUCGUGCUUGCAUUUAUAUGAACACCUACAAGUACUCAAUAGGAAGCAUGAAUGGGACUGCAAUGUGGCCCCCAACAGACUACAUACCACCUUUGCCACCUUUGAAAAGGAAGAUGCUAGGGAGACCAAUUACUAAGAGAAAGAGGGACAAUACUGAGGUUAGUGGAUCACACCGAGUAUCCAAGGCAGGGAAAAAGAUGGUAUGUGGUGUUUGUAAGAAAUCAGGCCACAAUAAGUCAACCUGUGAUGCAGUGUCAAAGGCCGAAAAAAGUCAGGUCAAAAAAAGGAAGGCAGAAGAUGAAGGUGAAACUAGUGCAUUAAAGAAAGGGAAGGGUCAAGGGCAAAGGGCAAAGGGGGAAAAAAGGAAAGGGUGA